AUGGCGCAACUAAUCAUAGACGCCCCCUUGGGCCAAGUCAUCCGCUUCCUCACGGGGACCAAGUUCCUGCGCUACCCCGAAGAAGAGCCCGACUUCCAGCUCCCGCAACAAUGGCUUGACGUCGUGAACUCGACCAACGAGAAGCAAGACACCGCCGAGACCACCCCGGCCGUCACAUCCCCGGCGCCGGCGAGCUCCUCCGCCUCAACCCACACCGACGAAGAGAACAGCGUAUCCCGCAAAGAAGUCGCCGACGCCGCGCCGUACGGGUCCGCCGCGGCCGCCGCCCGGAUACGGAGCAGGGACGACACGACGCCGUACACCGACGAACGCCUCGAGGCCAACGACGAGGCGGUCCACGAGAUCGAAAAGACAAAGUCCAUCCCCAUCGCGCCGAAAAAGACAAAGGACGGCGCCGUGCUGGUGGACUGGUACUUCAGCGACGACGCCGCGAACCCGCAGAACUGGUCCGACGGCAAGCGCGUCCUCAUCGCCGCCAUCAUCUGCAUCUACACCUUCGUCGUGUACACCUCCUCGGCCAUCUACACCAGCUCCAUCGAGGGCGUCGUCAACGAGUUCGGCGUCAACCUCACCGAGGCCUCCCUCGGCCUCGCGCUCUUCGUCCUGGGUUACGGCGUCGGCCCGCUCGUCUUCUCCCCGCUCUCCGAGAUCCCCAGGAUCGGGCGCAACCCGAUAUACAUCGUCACGAUGCUGCUCUUCGUCGUCGUCUCCAUCCCCGCGCCCCUGGUCGACAACUACGCGGGCCUGAUGGUCCUGCGUUUCCUGCAGGGUCUGUUCGGGUCGCCGUGUUUGGCCUCCGGUGCCGCCUCUCUCGGUGACAUCUACAACAUGAUGCAUCUCUCCUACCCCUUUGCUCUGAUCAUGUGGACGAGCUCCGCCUACUGCGGUCCGGCCUUGGGACCCCUCCUCUCCGGAUACGCCGUCACGGCAAAGGGUUGGCGCUGGUCCCUCUGGGAGAUCCUCUGGGCCGCCGCUCCCGUCUUCAUUGUCAUGUUCCUGUUCCUCCCCGAGACCUCCGCCCCUAACAUCCUCCUCCGCCGCGCCGCUCGCCUCCGCAAGCUUACCGGCAACGACCGCUUCAUGUCCCAGUCCGAGAUCGACCAGCGCAACCUCAAGACCUCCGCCGUCGUCAUCGACGCGCUCAUCAAGCCCCUCGAGAUCACCAUCAAAGACCCGGCGAUCCUCUUCGUCCAGGUAUACACGGCCAUCAUCUAUGGAAUUUACUACUCCUUCUUUGAGGUCUUCCCCCUCGUCUACCCGGUCUACUACCACAUGACCCUCGGCCAGAUCGGCCUCGUCUUCCUCUGCAUCCUCGUCGCCUGCCUCCUCGGCGUCGCCAUGUACAUGUCCUACCUGGCCUUCUACAUGAUCCCCCGCAUCCGCAAGCACGGCUUCCCCGUCCAGGAGAGCCGCCUCGUCCCUGCCCUGCCCGCCGCCUUCGGCCCCACCAUCGGCCUCUUCAUCUUCGCCUGGACCGCCUCCCCGGCCAUCCACUGGAUCGCCCCGACGAUCGGCAUCACCGUCUACGGCGCCACCGUCUUCGUCGUCAUGCAGUGUAUCUUCGUCUACGUCCCCCUGAGCUACCCGCAGUACGCCGCCAGCCUGUUCGCCGGCAACGACUUCUUCCGGUCCGCGCUCGCGUUCGCGAGUAUCCUCUUCGCGAGGCCGCUUUAUGGCAACCUGGGCGUCGCGAGGGGCACGAGUUUGUUGGGCGGGUUGAGUACCAUCGGUAUCAUUGGUAUUUGGCUGCUCUACUUCUACGGGGCUAGGUUGAGGGCCAUGAGCAAGUUUGCCAUCUCUGGUUGA